AUGAGUAACGAGGAAUACAUAAUUGAUAACUUAAUUACGGAAGCUCGGUUUUUUAUUGAUCAUAAAGAUGAUAAUGAAACAUUUUUGAGUUAGGGACAAGAUUGUAUAGAUAAGAUUAAUUAAAUACUUAAGAAAAAUAUAAGGUAUUCAAAAUAUGUAAAUUAAACAGAUCAUCUUUUCUAGAUAUUUCUUAGGAAGUAAUAGUAAAGUUUUGUGAAGCUUGUCUAUUUGUACCAGAUAAAGCAAGCAUAGCUCAAUAAUACAUUGAUCUAUACUUUUAACGAAACACUUCUUAAGGACAGUUUUAUAUUAGAGCUUUAUUUGUUAAGGCUCGACUUAUUUCAAUAAAUGGUCAUGAUAGACUAUUGAAAGCAGAGGACAUGAUUAAAAAUUUGAAAUUAUCUUUAACAUUUGUUCAAUAAGGCUUAGAUAUAAUUUAGAAACCAGAAAAUAAAUAAAAGUAUGGAUUUCUAAUAUAUAAUGCAUCAAUUUGUGUAUAUAAUAUUAUUAGACCUAUGCUUAAACCAUAAUGGCAAUUAUCAUUUGUUGAUAUUUUAGAUAAAAUAGAUAAAUUGUUUGAUGAAGUAGAUGAGGCAGAUUAUGAUUGGAGAUGUAGAUUUACAUGGUUAUUGUUUUAUUGUUUAUAUGAUGAUAGAAAAGCAGAUUCAUUUAAAUUAUUAGAUCGUUUAUGGGAAACAACAAAAAAGAAAGGAGAUUGUGAUUUUCAAAAUUCUUUAUUAAGAUUAAGAAUUCAUAUUGGUAAAGAAUAUAAAUAGGCAUUGGAUUCAGCAUCUAAAGAAUCAGAAACUGCACCUGCGGAAAAGGCUUGGAAAUCAUUAUUAAUGCUUCAGAAAAUGAGAAGUGGUUUGAUUCCAGAAGCUUAGAUAGAAAAAGAAUUAAUAAAUGUAAUUAAUUCAAUUUCAAGUGCUGUAUUACCGGGAAAUGAGGUAGCAGCUACUAAUAAACUAGCGCCAGUAUUAUAAGAAAGAUUAGCUGAAUCGGGAAGAGUAGCAUUAUAAUAUAAUCUAAUAAAUAUAGCUGAUUCAAUCACUACAUUUUUGAGUAAAGUUAGAUAGCUUCACUAAAAAGCCUACAUUUUACAUGAAUAUAAUAAAGCAGAAUUAUUUAUCAAAAAAGCAGGUCCACUCAUAGAUAAUAAAACAGGAAUGAGAUUGAAUUCUUUUUAGAUUAAAAUGUAAGAAGUUGAAAGAAGAAUUGAAGCACUUAAAACUAUGGAAAAAAUUAUGGUGACAAAUAAAAAAUUAAAUGACCCUGAUCUCAUCUUUGAAGGAGCAGUUCUUAUUUGGAAUAUUUCUUUACCAUUUUUGAAUUCUCAAUAUAGAAUUCAUGUAUAUAAGGCCUUCUCAAUGGCUUGUCAACUCUUAGAAUAAUUAUAAUGUGUAGAUCAUGCAUUACGAGUGAAUUUCCAUAUUGAAUUAGCAAAGAGUGAUUUAUAAGAGGAUUUAGCAGUUAAAGCAGAAUAACAUAUUAAAAAAGCUUUAUAAUUGGAUUAUAGUGUACCAUUAGGGAAAGUACAAUUUAAAUAUGAUGAUGGAGAAGAUUUAAGUUUAUAUUAGAGACCUUAUGAUAAAUACUUAAGAAAUCUUGAAGAAAAGAUUAGAUUGAAAUUGAAUAUUUAUCAAGAACCAAGAAAUGAUAUAGAAAGGGUCAUUACUUAAUUAGAGAAUGUUCAAGCAGCUAAAUCAGAGAAUUUAAAAAUUGACAUCUUAUAAAAAUGUUUAGGGUCUAUUGUAAAUUUGUAAGAAUAAGAAUAUUGGUAUGACACUAAAUUAGAUUUAGUGGAAGAAGAACAAAAUAAAGGGAAAAUACUUAAGAAAUAAGAGAAUCUAUAUUAAUAUAAGUAAAAGAAAUUAUUAGCAGCAGAGAUAGCUAGAUUGGCAUUUGAAUGGGAAUUUAAUGAUUUAGCAUUUAAAGCAUGUGAGUUUGUUUGUAAUGAUACAUGGGAUGUAAAGAAUUCAUCAGAAAUGAUACUUGCUUAAGUGGAAUGUUAAUAUAGAAUGGCAUAAAUGAUAAUAGAUAAUUUAAUAAAAGAUAAUUUUGAAAUACCCUUUGCUGAUCCUAUAAGAAUGGAAGAGGUUGAAAACAUUGAAGAAAUAAGUUAAGAAAAGAAAGAUUAAAUAUUAUAAUAAAAAAGAUAAAUGUGUACAAAUUUUGUAAAAGGAUUGAAAUUAGCAGAAUCUAUCAAAUAAACUUGGUUAGUAUUUAAUGGAGGAAUAUAUAUAUGGAAUAAUUUUUUAACAAUAUUUCGAAAUCCUAUUAAUGAUAGUAAAUUGUUACCUGAGAUAACAAAUUUAUUAAAAGAGUUUUUUGAAAUAAUGAAAAAUUCUUUGAAAGAAAUAGAGAAAAAAUAAACAAAUGAUUAUGAAAUUGAUACAAAGAUAUCUGUUUUAGCAAAUAUAGGUUUAGUAUAUGCUAGAUUAAUGGAAGGUAAGUCUUAAUUUGAUGAAGUAAUGAGAGUAUGUGAAGCUCUUCUUUUAACUCCUCUAUCACCUCAUACUCGUAAAUUAAUAAAUUCUAUGAAAGCAAGAGUUUCAGGAACAGCAAAAACAAGUGCUAGUAAAGGUGGUGGAACAUAAUAAGAUAAGAAAGGUACAAAAUAAACAUAAUAAUCAUAAUCUGAUAGUGUUAUAUUUGAUGUUGUUUCUUAAUUAGAAAUAAUUUAAAAUUCAACUAAUAAAACAUAAACAUAAGAUUUAAUUAAGAAAUGUUUUGAAACAUUAAGUAGUUGGACAGCAAAAGAUAAUGAUGAAACUGAACUUGAAUUGCAUGCAGAAUUAUGGGCUAGAUUAGCAAGAUUAGCAUUAAAUGAAGAAACUAUUUAAAUGUAUAAAUAUUCACUUAGAUGUGUUCAAUAUUCUUUAUAAAUGUUAACAUCAGAUUUAUCAACUAUUCCAACAACUCGUUUGAGAUGGUAUUCUUUAGCUGAAUAUAUAUAUAGUGAAAAUCUAUUAAGAAUGCUUAAUUCAGAAACUUAAGAAACUGAAUCUUAAGAAUCUUUAUUGUUUUCAAGUUUAUAACAUGCUAUUGAAGCUGCAAAUAAAGGAGUCAAAGCUGGUAUUAAUAGUUUAGUAUUGGAUGCAUCUAAAUAAGUUUGGAAUUUAUGUGCGAAAUUAGAAGAAAGUGCAUAAAAUAGAAAACAUCUCAUUUAACCAGUUAAUCAAUGUUUAAGUUAUUUAAAAGAAUGCAAAGAAAAAAGUGAACCUGAUUUAGUAUUGCUUUUAGCUUAAUUAUUAUUUAAAAGUGCUCUAGAAAAUGAAGAUUAUAAAUUAGGAGAAAUGGCAGCAGAUAUGGUAUUUGAAUUAAUUCCUAAAAAUAUGUCAAAACCAAUUUGGGAAGCUAAAAUGAUAUUUAUGAGUAAAUAAGGUAAAAAUGAAUUAUAAGCAAUUGUUAAUAUGAAAGAAGCAGAUUCAUCGUUAUAAGCUAAGGUUUGGAUUAGAUUAGCAAGAGUAUCAAAUAAUCUUUAUAAAUAAUAUACUGCUUUUAAUAAAGCAAUUGAAUUAUUGAAGAAAGAUUCAUCUGUUGAAAUAGUUGAAGUUUUAAUUGAAUUUUCAGAAUGGUUAUUAAGAAAUGGAAAUGAAAAAUAAUUAGUUAUUGAAAAUCUAUUAUAAGCAGCAGAUACUUUAAUUGAAAUUGAAAUGGAAGAUGAUGAAGAAGAAGAAGAAGAAGGUGAUGAAGAAUAAAAUUCAUCAACUAUCUUUAGUAGAAGUACAAGAGGUAAAAAAUCUACUGUUUCUAAAUAAUCUAAAUAAAAAUCUAAAAUGACUAAAAAAACUAAUAAAAAUACUGUUAAAUAAAAUAAAAGUAAAGAAUAAAAAUCAUAAAUAUCUGGUUAAAAAUCAGGUAAUUAAAGAUUUUCUAGAGCUGCUAAUGUUAGAACAGCAACAGUUAAAAGUAAUAAAUAAAAAUCUAAAAUUUUCAAACCAAGAGAAGAGGAUGCAAAUCCAAAUAGAUUAAAUUGUGCUCAUUAUGAAAGAUUAAUGAGAAUUCAUAUUAUGUUAUCUAUGAUUUCAGAUACUAUGGAAUAAUCUAUUUAAUAUGCUUUAGAUGCUAAAGUAUUCUUAAUUAAAAUUAUUGAAAUAUCUUUUCAAACUAUGAAUGAAUUUGAAGAAAAUGCUGCCAAAUAUACUAAUACUAAUGAUGAAAAAACAAACAAAUAAUAAUAACAAUAACAAUCAAAACCUUAAUAAUAAGAUGAAUUCUCACCAAGAUAUCUUUUACCAACAUGUAUCUAAGAAUGGAUUAAAUUAUAAUUUAACAAAGAAUUUCUAGAAAAAGUUAAAACUUAUGAAGAUUUUAAUUUUAUGGGUAAAUAUUUAUUUGAUAAAGCCUAAUUAACUUAUACUUAUAUUAAUAAUCUUAUAACUAUUUUUGAAAAAUAUGGUCUUUAAAUUCAUAAUGUUCCAAUAUUUGUAUUCUAGAAAUUUUUUGUUAAAGAAAUAUUGAAUAAUACUUAUUUAGAUAAAUUAAUUGAUGUUAAAUUCAGUAAAUGUUUACAUUAAGUUGGGUUUCAUAAUGAAGCAGAUUUGAUCUAUUAAUAAUCAAAUAUUGUUAAAUUUAAAUUGACUGAAUAGGAAAAAAAAUAAUUACUUACAAAAACUGAAUCUAGUGUUUUAUAAUAAAAUUAAUCAAAAUCAGCUGAUGUUGUGGAAUAAAAUCUUCCUUAAGCAAAUGUUAUAAGUGAAAUAUACAUUUACACUAUUCUAACUGAUUUAGGUAAUGAAUUAAUUUAUUCUGGGGAAAUUUAUAGAGCCAAAGAAUUAUUAAUUGAAUCUCAUAAGCAUGCUAAAAUAGUUUCUGAUUAGGAAUUAAUGGGUAGAAUUCUUUGUCUUUAAGGAUAAAUUGCAUUCUUGGAAGGUGAAUUCAAAGAUUCAAUUGAAAAUCACAAACUUUCACAUAAAUUAUUUAAAAAUGUAAAUUAAUGGGAGGUUUCAUCGAUUGAAACAUAUAAGUCUUUAUAAAAAUUAGGUAAAUAUGAUGAUAUUCGAUAAUUCUUAAAAUAAAUUACAGAGGUUUUAUUAGAAGUAUUAAAUCAACCUAAUUAUCAACCAAAUAAAUUAUAAAUAUAUCAAACAUUAACAACUUUAUAUAUUUUGUCAUCUAAAAUUUCAACAAAAGAUUUAUUUAAAGAAUUUUCUUAUGAAACAUUCAAAUAAAUUAUUGAUAAUUUGGAAAAAUCUUUGAAAUGCAUAUAGCAUGGAGGAUUUAUGAUACAUUAAUUAGAUUUGAUACUAAAUUUAGUAAAUAAAAUCAUAAUUUUUAUAAGAAAUAAAAAUUAUACAAAGAUUGAUUAAGUUGAGAUAUACUUUAAAAUUAUUUAAAGAUUACUGAAUUCAAUUUUAAAACCAUUAGAACAAUAGAGUAGAUCAUUAUUAAAAUAUACAUUACUUAUAGAAAAAGAAUCAGAAUCAAUAAGAUCACCAAUUAUGGAUUUAUAAGCUAAAAUACGUGUUAUAAUGGCUUCUUGUUUUAUUGAAAUGGGAUAGAUUAAAUGGUUAAGAAAAUAAAUGUAAUUACCUGAUCUAUAAGGAUCAGAUGAUGAUAAUAAUAAUGAUUAGGUAGAUGACAAACCUAUUGAAUAAUUAAGUAAUUAUGAACCUCUUUAAAAAUUCUUAACUUAAUUAACAAUUAAAAUUUAAAGAGCAAUAUAACCACUUCCUUAAAGAUUAGAAAGUUUUGAAAAGGCAACUGCUAUUUUAUUAUCAACAUUGAAACAAUUGAAAAAAGAUUCCUUUUGGUAUACAAUAGCUGAAAUUGAGUUAGUUAAAGCAAAAAGAUAUUUAGCGAUAAGUAAAUAAUAAUUAAAUGAUGUAUGGGAAAUACCUACAUAAGAACAAGAUUAAGCUAUUUAAUUAUAGCCAGAAGAAGACAAUUAAUUUGAUUAUAAGACUGAUGCUUUACAAAGUGUAUUAAAAUUAAUAAAGGAUAUAGAAUCAAAAGCAUUUACUGUAUUGAAAGCAAAAGGAGAUAAUACAACUGUCCCAUUAGAAUGGAGUAUUUUUGGAUUUAAGUAAAUGAAUUUUUAUUUAAAAAUGCUUUAUGAAUCAGCUUUAGAUAUAUUAGGUAUUAAAAGUCCUGAAAUAUCAUAUGAUUAUUUAUGUAAGUUUCAACAUUUUGCUUUUUGUGAAUAAAUGUUUAAUAUGGUGAGACAAUCAUUUUUUGGAAAGCAUAAGAUGAUCGUUUAUAUUAGAUUAAUAAAAAUGAUAAAUUCUGUUUGUGGAUUUUUAAGUUAAGAUGCAAUUAAAUUAUUAAUUGAAGCUAAUAAAUUAUGGGAUAAUUUGAUGAUAUUUCCAUUGACAGAAUUAUAAACUUAAUUAUAAUAAACUGCUGGUUUUUUUAUUAUGUAAAUGAGUCAAAAUAAGACAUAUUUAUAUCUAGGAUAUUUACAUAAUACAAAAACUCCAAUUUAUAAAGUAUAAAGAAUUCCACUUGAUUCUAAGACACAUGAUAAAAUGAGUUAAAUGAAAAUGAAUUUAGAUUAGAUUAAAAAUAAUUUAAUUAAAACUCCUAUAAUUUUAUAAUAAGACUUUAUAAAAUUGGAAGAUGAAAUGGAAAAAGAAUAUUGCAAGUUUUGUUCAGAUGUAGAAUAAUUUAUGAAAUUCAUACCUUAAUUGAUUGAUGAGAAUAUAAAUACUUAAGAAGAAGUACCUCAACCUGUUGUUGUUGAUCCUAAAGCAUAACCUCCAAAAAAAGAUUAAGGAAAGUAAACUAAAGGAAAACCAGGAAAAGAUGAAAUAGCUUCUUAUGAAUCUCCGUUAGAAUAAGCGCCUGGUAAAAUAGACACCGUGGUUUUACUAAUAGAUCCAAAGUUCUUUGAAUAUCCUAUUGAAUAACUUAAUGUAUUUUUUAAAAUAGCUGCAAUGUCAAGAGACUUUAGUAUGCCUAUGUAUGUUAGAAGACUUAAAAAUGUUGGAUUCUAAACUCAACUAAAUAAUAGUUAAAAAGGAAUUGAAAAAGAUAAGUUGAAAUAUUUAACAUAUGAUUUUAAAACAGAAGAUUAAGACCUUAAUUUAGAUGAAUUUAAUUUACAAAAAACUUUAAGUGAAAUUUAAAAAAAUGUACCUUAACUUAAAUUUGAAGGAGUAAAUAAAUUAUUAUUAAUUUUUAGACAUUUUCUUCAAGUAGAUUGGCAUCUUUGGGUGAAUUACAAAAAUAUGCUUAAACAGGUUCUUCUAUAUUUUGGUAUGGAUCUCCUGGAGUUUUAAACAUAUUAUCAUCUAAAGUAAUUAUGGACCUUUCUGAAAUUAAUACAUCAAGGUUUUGGGUUGUAUUUGAUAAAAUGAAUGCUAAAAAAAGUUUAAUUGAGAAAUUUUCAUCUUUGGAUCUAGAUGGUGAAAAGACUCAUAUUUUAGAACAAAAUUUCAAGAUUUCUGUAUUUUUAACUCUAAUUGAUGUGAGUACAAUUUUAACUACACAAUGGUCACCACAAAUUGUAGAAUUCUUAAAAGCUUUUGAAAAUUUGUGUAAAUAAUUAACAGAAGAUAUUUAUGUUGCUGCAUGUUUAUAAAGAUAUAAAGUAACAAAAUAUAUAUAUAUUUAAGGCCCCAAUAAUAAAGUAUGAAGAUGAGAAUGGAAAUAUUAUAGACAAAAAGCCUUAACAGGUGGAGAUAAAGAAAGGAGGAAAGGCUGAACCUGUUUAAGAGAUACAAAAUUUGAAAGAGGUCUAAUUUGAGAAAAAGAGACUCUUUACUCAUAAUUUUGUAUUCGUAGGUUUGCCAAAUUUAAGACUGAUUUGAUUUAAUUUAAUAAAAAU